UCAAUUCACAAGUAUCUUCACUUCAUGGCUUUGUGAAGAAACAUUUGCUGCGCAGUUUCCUCCAUGUGGCACGUUUCUCACAGUAAUGUGCUGCGUAGCGUAGCAAAAGUGUCUACUGGGCUCUUGAAGCCGUCAUUUAAAUACACAGGUGUCUCGGCAGCUUGUCGAUCAUCAACCGUCGCAACACGUCCGGCAUUCUCCCAACUUGGACACAACUCACCGCACCAGAACAAAGAAACUCUCACCAUGAGUUCAGGAGACUGGGGAUACCAAUGGGGAUAUCCACCCCCUCUCCCCUAUGGGCCUUUUAACCCGGAAACCUCCCACAAUCAUUAACGGCAAUGGCGCAAGGCCGGGCAAACAUCCCAAAUCCAAGAAGCCAAAGAAUAAUAGGGACGAGAAAGUCCAGCCAUCUGCGGCGUCAGGUGGUGUCCCAGAUCCAUCUCCAGAGUAUCUGACAUUAGCGGCGUAUCCGCCCUUCCAAUUGCCAUACGCGCGCAAGAUCCUCGUGGUUAUCGACCUUAACGGAACCCUGCUGUACCGGCCCAGCCGACACAACCCUACAGCCUUCAUAGAGCGCCCUCAUGCCCGCACCUUCUUGCGCUACUGCAUCGAUACCUUCAAAGUAGUUAUAUGGUCUUCAGCGAAGCCAAACAAUGUGACCAGGAUGUGUGCGCAACUCCUCACGCCUGAGCAGCGCUCCCGUGUUGUUGCCGUCUGGGGACGUGACCACUUUGGUUUGACACAAGAAGACUACUACCUGCGCGUUCUCUGCUAUAAGCGUCUAAGUGCACUAUGGGCUGACCCUGUAGUUGCAGCCAGCCACCCAGAGUUUGCAGAAGGAAAGCGCUGGAGCCAGGCUGAUACGGUACUAGUGGACGACUCAGUCGAGAAAGCACGUACCGAGCCGUACAAUAUCAUUCAAAUACCGGAGUUCAAGGGCAAUGCUGCUGAACAAGGCUUUGUCCUUCCCCAGGUGCACGAUUACGUCAAUGAAUGUGCGCGCCAAACUGAUAUUAGCACCUAUAUCCGUAAUCAGCCCUUCAAGACGGUUCCGGGUUGGCAGCUUCUCCCUCCUAACCCGGUUGAAUGAAGAGAGAAGGAAAGGAAAAUAAAGGAGAGCAGUUAAGCAGAGAAUUUUCACUCUAUAAUGGGAGACUACCUCCCCAUAUGAGCCUCUUCCGAGUGGGUGGAUGGCCAGAAGUUUAGUCUCGGAAGCCUUGCAAAAAAGGCAUUAGGAGAGGAGAGGAGAAACGAGUGUUACUCUGAGGUCUAUCUUACUUUACUACAAAUGCGCUACGACAACUCUUGUUUAAUAGGCGAACUUCCGACCUCGCACGACGAGUGUCUGCCGUCGCGUUCUUCUGGGAAAAGGGUCCUGUCUUGAUACCCCUUCUUGCUAUGGCUAGAAUUUCUAUUGCAAUGCAGGAUAGUGAUGGAUACCAUCAAAUCGAAUUUUCGAAA